AUGUGCGGACGACCACUACGACGAGAGCAAAUGCGCAUCGAUAUGCGUCUACAGUAUGGAUCUACCCUUUGCCAUUUUGACGAGACUCAGUUUCAUAACAAUUUCUUCCCUCGCGUAAGGCAAUGUUCUGACGGGAGUCUUUGCUGCAGCAACGAUUCCACGUGCUGUUUUACCGGAAAAGGAGUUUUCCUCGACAAUAAAGGCAACAUAAUAGAUGACAAGGCGACCCCUUCAUCUUCCUCCUCCUCCUCCUCCUCCUCCUCAUCGUCCUCGAGCUCCCCUACUAGCACGACGGACGCUUCCUCCGAAAAUUCUUCUUCCACCCCGGAUGCACAGAGCGACCGGGCGCAAGACUCGACCGGCUUUAAAGUGGGAUUAGGGCUCGGAAUCCCACUCGCCGCUAUCAUCGCCGGCUGCGGCGUGUGGUUCCUGCUAAGGAGGAGGCAACAGGGUGCAUCGUCGCCGCCCUCCACGGAAAGUCAUGCGAACACGCUGCCGCCAGACGCAAGGUACGAUAGUUCUCAACCGUACGCGUAUUCUGCAUAUGGUCCUCCGGGCAAAGUGACAAGCGAGCUACCGGGGAUGAACGAACCUGCACCUGCAGAGCUUUGGGCUUCGCCUGUGCCUAUGCGUCAGAAUUGA